AUGGUACAAGAGGAAGCAUCUGAAUCUGACAAAGAUUCCAAUCAAAUUGCCGCAGCAGCAUCCCCCCAAAACGUGGAGCUUGCUCUAACAUCCGACCAUGACAGAGCAUCAAGGACUGAGACACCGGAACUGACGUCAUUGGCCAAGGUAAUAGUACUGGCAUUCUGUAUGUGCAACACAUUCCUCAGUGUCGGUUUUGCCGUCGGUCUUGGAGUCGUGUUUGUCGAAAUCCUCGAUGUCUUCGACGCCAGCCGUACACAGACUUCACUGAUGCAGUCCUUGUGUUUCGGCCUUAUAUUUACAGGAGCUCUAGUAUGCGGACCAAUAGUCGCUAAGAUUGGCCCAGGAAACUCUGUGGUAUUGGGUGGUAUAUUAUCCAUGGCUGGAUGCGUUGGAGCUACGUUUGCCCCGGGCGUGAAUGUUCUCAUCGUCACAGUAGGAGUUAUAACAGGCAUCGGGCACUGCUUCUCCUAUCUCUCGUCCUUCGUAGCAGUGGGUCGAGUCCUGACAGUGAGGAAGGGGAUGGGUGUGUCCCUCAUCACCGCCACUUCUAACCUUGGAGCGUUCGUGUACCCUCAACUCAACAGACUGGCUCUCGACGAAUACGGAUGGAGGAGCACCUUCCUCCUCUUAGCAGGCCUGAACUUCCAUUUGUGCAUUUCGGGACUGAUACUCCGUUGCCUUACUAAACCUAUAUACAAAACCAAGUCUGAAAAAGAUCCGAAGAAAAAAUCUUUGGUUCAGGAGCUGCAUCUUCAUCUGUUUAAGAAUGGACCGUUCGUGAUCGUCCUGCUUCUUCAGCUCCCAAUCUGGUGUUUUUACACUGGGGAAAUCGUCUUCAUCGUGGACGUUGCUGAAACCAGGGGCUACGACCUGGAAGCUGCAUCCUUCCUCCUCUCUGCCCUCACUGUGGCCUACGUACCCGGGAAUCUGGUGGGCGGGAUGCUGCAUACAGUGUUUAAAAUACCCGGGCUCAUCUCGUGUUCCAUGGCCCUGGUUAUAUGCGGGCUGCUUAGCAUUACCUUUGUGUACUUCAGUUCAUACGCGGUGAUGAUGACGCUGGCGGUUGGCCAUGGAUUUCUACUGGCGGUUGUGGAAGUAUCUGCUCCCAUCAUUGUGGAGCAAAUGACUGAUCCAGCAUCCUAUUCCGCUGCAUUAUCCUAUCUGUUCGGAAUCACUGGUUUCGCCGACAUAUCAAGUGGACCUGCCAGUGGCGCCAUCAGGGACGUGACAGGGAACUACCUGCUGAUGUUUUACCUGGCUGGAGGAUUUGCGAUGCUGAUGGCGCUUGUCUGCAUUUGUCUGGAAAUAUGGAUGCGGAGAAAAAGGAUGGCGCCGGCUGAAACUACAAUUUCCAUAGAAACUGUUGAUUCUUACUUAUGA